AUGCGGUCUUUCGCACUCGUGUCCGCGCUCGCGGCUGUUUCAGCCGUGCAGGCCGGCCCGACCAAGCGCGCCUCCAUCACGUCUGUCACAACCAAGGGCAACGCCUUCUUCGUUGGCGAUGACAGGUUCUACAUCCGCGGCGUCGACUACCAACCCGGUGGAUCGGCCGCCAAUGUCGACCCGCUCGCCGACAAGAAAAUCUGCGAGCCCGACAUCGAGAAGUUCAAGAAGCUCGGAGUCAACGUGGUGCGCGUCUACUCGACCGAUAACUCUCUGGACCACACCGACUGCAUGAACGCACUGUCAGAUGCCGGCAUUUAUGUCGUUCUCGAUGCCAACAACCCGCUCUAUUCCAUCAACCGCGAGAACCCGGGCCCCUCGUACAAUGCUGCGUACUUGCAGAGCGUGUUUGCUACCAUUGACGCCUUCAUCAAGUUUGACAACACGCUUGGUUUCUUUUCCGGCAACGAGGUUAUCCACGACAACAAGAGCACCACUCUUGCUGCCCGCUAUGUCAAGGCCACUACCCGUGACAUGAGACAGUACAUCCGCGCCCGCGGCUACCGCCACGCCCUCGUAGGGUACUCUGCUGCCGAUGUCACCGAUAACCGCAUGCAGACCGCAGCGUACUUCAACUGCGGAACCGACGAUGAACGCAGCGACUUCUUUGCCUUUAACGACUACUCCUGGUGCAGCAGCGACUUUGUGACCUCGGGCUGGGACAAGAAGGUCCAGUCCUUCAGUGGGUAUGGUCUUCCCAUCUUCCUCUCCGAGUAUGGCUGCAACGCAAACGUACGUGACUUUGGCGAGGUCAACGCGCUCAUGAGCGACAAGAUGACGUCUGUCUACUCGGGUGGUCUGCUCUACGAGUACACGUACGAGGAGAACAAGUACGGAAUUGUCAACAUCACCACCGGCCGCGCCAACCUUGCGGGCCCCCGUGUUGAGCUCGACGAGUUUGCAGCCUUCGCCAAGGCCCUCAAGAACAACCCAGCCCCGACCGGAACUGGUGGCUACAACCCGAGCGCCACCAGCCAGCCGUGCCCCACCAAGGACACCAACUGGAUCGUUGAGACCACGCUUCUACCUGCCCUUCCCGAUGGAGCCAAGAAGUUCCUGACCGAAGGUGCGGGCAAGGGCCCCGGCCUCAAGGGCGCAGGCUCGCAAAAUGCCGGUGGCAGCUCAACGACCGAUGCCGCCCCCGGCUCCGGCACCUCGGGCGUGACCGCCGGCGCCGCUGCUGGUACGAGCAGCAAGGCUGCCGGUGUAUCGCUCAUGGCGCCACUCGACAAGGCGCCAUUCAUCAUCUCGGGCAUCGUGGCCUUCUUCACCCUCGCCGGCGCCUUCGCUCUGUAG